GUGCGCAUGCGCGCUACACAUCAGAAUCUCUAACGUGGCGAUAUACACGGUUGAAGUACAGCGAAGAGAAAGGGUCAUCAAGUAUUACAUUUUUGCUUGAUUUCAUAAAAUUCUGAGAGACUCUCUUGUUCGGACUCCCAUAUACAAUUAGGAUGUCUUCCUCUGGAGAUUUCAGCAAUCCUUUAAGGAAAUUUAAGCUUGUUUUCCUCGGCGAGCAGAGUGUUGGAAAGACUUCACUAAUCACAAGAUUUAUGUACGACAGUUUUGACAACACAUACCAGGCUACCAUAGGUAUAGAUUUUCUGUCCAAGACCAUGUACCUAGAGGAUCGUACUGUCAGACUACAGCUAUGGGAUACAGCAGGUCAGGAGAGGUUCCGCAGUCUCAUUCCAAGCUACAUUAGGGAUUCCACUGUGGCAGUUGUAGUCUAUGAUAUCACAAAUGCCAACUCUUUCCACCAGACAUCAAAAUGGAUAGAUGAUGUUCGUACUGAGAGAGGGAGUGAUGUCAUCAUCAUGCUUGUAGGAAACAAAACUGAUUUAGCUGACAAGAGGCAAGUUUCAAUAGAUGAAGGAGAACGUAAAGCCAAGGAACUAAAUGUGAUGUUCAUUGAAACUAGUGCCAAGGCAGGCUACAACGUUAAACAAUUGUUCAGACGAGUAGCAGCAGCUUUACCAGGUAUGGAGUCUGCAGACCAAACUAAACCAGCUGGUGACAUUCCAGUAACACUCCACCAGAAGGAACCAGAAAACGACUUCCAACAAGACGAAGCCGGCUGCUACUGCUGAAAGCUAAUCAGCUCCCAGAAAUAAUAUUUACCAAAAAACCCCACUAUUCUUGCAUGUCGAUAACACCCCACGUUCACGCCACUAUAAAAAUGAAUGGUAAAAUUUUAAAGGUUGGUCUAUACAAAUGAUGCUUGUGCUAUAUUUGGUAAUAAGUGCUGCCCCUCCGUGGCAAAUGGACCAAGUAGAUAUUUAUUUCAUUUUUCAACAUUGCUUAACAAGUCAGAUGAUUAAAUUCUUUUGAAAGGUUGAAACGUGCAUUUUUUCCCAUCUACCCAUGCAGCCUUGUUUUUGUUCCUUGUCCAUUCAAUUAUACCACAUUCACAAAAAUGUUUUGAUUAUUCUGUAGAGAAGGGCGCAAAUUUCUGUCAUUUUCAUAAUGUUAUUUAUUUUGCCUUCGGCUUCAAUAUUUUAAUUUCCAGUUAGUGAAAGUUGUCAUUUGAAAUUCAAAGAAAAAAAAAAAGUUGAUACAAAAUAUUGAAUACUUUGGAACAUCUUGGCAUAUCUAUAGUUGUAUUGAAAACUAAAAAAUGGUUAUAAGCUGUUGUGAAAAAUAAAUCUGUUAUCACUAGCGUGGAAGUUCCCUCAUAUACAAGAGUUUAAUAAAGCACAGUAAUUCUUCUGGAAUCUUGUAAUACAAGCACAUUAUUACAAUAUGUUUCUUAAUCACAUUACAAAAUAUGCUUUCUUUGAAGACCAUUCGAUAUUGCCAAUGAUAAGUGUUGUUGAUCUAAGGUCAUCUCUUACUAUCUGACAUGUUUGUUUUUUUAAUACCAGGAACUUCCCUUUCAUAAGAAAUAUCACAUUAGGCUCUAGGCUACAUUGUUAGUAUUUUUGGUACUAAAUAAUCAGAAGUUGAAUCUUCAUAUAUGAAGAAAUCAAAUACACAUGUACUUUGACUUUUGAAUAUAAAACGUAUAUCCAAAUAAAUGCCCAAUUCCUGUAAUUUUGCAAAAAUGUGAUUGCUUUCACUAAUAUUUUAAUUCUUCAAAAGUUAUGGUUAAAAGGAACUAUUUUAGUGUUGGUUUAAAUGAAAAUCAGUAAGUCUUAACCAAAGCCAAAGACCAUAUAAGAUGGUCCAGACCUAUACCUUGAUGAAUAAACUGGGACCUAAACUUGCAGGUCGGGUUUACAUUAUGUUCCAAUGCUCAAGUUAAGAAUAGACCUUGAACGAGUCGAAGAUUAGGAUUGCAUCCAAGAUGUCCAUGUCUCUGCUUUUUGCAAUAAAAAAUCACAGACAUAAAUGAAGGUGCAUAAGCUAUGGUGUGAAGCAGUUCCUUUGAAAUAAUUUGUAUUGUUCUCAUUUUCUCUCCAUUUUUUUAUGAAUAUAUGUCAGAUGUAAAAAUGUAUGCAAAAAGCUCUCUUUUGAUCUCAUAUGCAUUGUACAUAUUUCAUUUUGGAUAUAUGUUUUCAAUAACAAAAACAGAUGUUAGCUCUGUAAUUAUUUGUAUUUAAUAUGUUACUGUACAGGAAAAAUAUGUGUUUAUUUGUAAUCUAGAGAGCAUUAAUUAGUUAGUAUAUGUGAACGCAUCAAGCUGUGUAAAGUGGUAGCGAUGGAGACGAAUGAGGAGGUAAAUUAUUGAUGGAACACGAUCAGAAAAACGCUUUUUGACACACAACAAUGUUAGAAUGCUGUUCUACGACAUGCUCCAACCGCAAUUGCUUCGUGGUUAUCGGCAGCCUAGCCGGGUAAUGUUGGAGCGCCUUGAGGACCUUGCAAGGUCGAUACGUGCGCUAUAUAAGAUUCCAAUAUUAUUAUUAUUAUUAUAAUUUAUAACCUUCACUGACCAAUUUUCGUAACUUUAACCAUGCACAAAUCCUAUGCCUAAACCUAACCUAAAAAUCUAACUGCAACCUAUACGAUUGAUGGAUUAAAGCCCAAAGCAAUUGCUCCGGGAAGAGUCAAAUGUUGGGUCACAGCCGGAUGCCCCUUGUCCCUGGUAACUUUUGACCCAUCCUCUAGCUGUCCAUGUAUCAUUUUGUCAAAUCAGUGAAAAUCAAUUUGUGUCAAAUUUAUCUGUAUAAUAUGCACUUUGAAAAAAUACUCUUAGAUGCAUUAAAAUUAAUUGAUUGAUUUUUACUUCAAGUCAGUAGUUUGAAAUUGUAUUGGUAUAUAACAGUGUGUAUUAAUUGCAUAGGAACGAUUUUACAUGAACUUUCAAUCAAGAAUAUAAUGCUAAGAGUAGAUCCCCCAAGAUAUUGUUUGUGAACCUUAAUAGUUGAGUAUAAAUCAAAUUGACAUAGGUCUGAUAUACACUGAAAUAUAUCAAUGAGUAAAAAUUUGCAGCAAUACAACUUGCUAUCUUUACAUAAUUACUAUCUUCACUAUGAAUUUUGUCAUUGAAAAAGCACCAUCUUUUUUCUUGCAAGCAGAUAAUUAAUUUGUUGCAAAAAUGAUUUUAAAAAACAAGUCAGUACAGGGCUGUAUAGAUAUUAUCAGCUUGAUGGUGGGCAUUUGAAGAAUAAAUGUAAUUUCUAAAAUAGGAUAAUCCUUCUCAUAUAGUCGGAGAAAGUAAUAGCAUUUAGUGGUGUGUAGAAGUAGUGCUGUAGAUCCUGUAUAUGUGUAUUGUAGCGUCUAUCGUAUCCAUAGCUCAAAGCUGAUCACAACAUUGUACCUUUUUUUUUUAGAAAAAAAGGAAAAGGGAAGGGAAAAAGAUGAAUGAAUUUGGAGGUAUUUGGAUUCAGUGUUUGAUUACUGUGUGUGCCUUCUCCUCAUUGUCUGCUGGUAGACAGAAGGGCGUUAGGUUGGUGUGAAGAUAGGUGAACUUACGCCCUUCUGGCUCUCAGUAGAGAGCUUAUUGUCAGCGAAAUCGGUGUGAUUAUUGUUUGUGAAAUUCCUCUUCAUGUCAUAUACCAUUAUAGCAAGCUUGGAUGGUAAAGUUUUGCUGGAGGAAAUUUGCCUGAAAUGUAAUUGCCAAAUACAUGCUGCUUUUAGUUUUCUGUUUGAGAGAACUGAAGAUUAGAAUAAAAUGAAUUGGAGAAUUAGGUAUAAUAGCAUCUUGAAAUAUGACUCUAAUUAUAAAUGGAUUACUGGGUCUAUUAGUACAUGUACUUUACAAUUAUUCACAGCAAAUAUAGUUUUACAACCGAAAAAUUUGCACUUUUAUCUCACUCCAACUUUCUUCAAUCGAUUCUAAAAUGUUCUCUAACAAUACCUUGCUGAAAAGUACUUUUUUUUCUUUAAAUAAAAUAAGAGUAUACAAAUAGUAAAAAUCUUUAUCAGUGUAAAUUCCCUUUAAUUUUCAGUCUUGGCAGAAGCUUUAACAACAUUUAUUGAAAUAAGGAGACAUGAAGUUGUAAACCUUAUCCAUGACUUCAUCCAAGCUCAAACUUAUUAGAACUGUCACUUUUAGGAUUCAUUUUGCUUUCAUAUUGAAACUUGUGGAACAUUUUCUUCAUCACAACAAAUCAUAUAACUAUAUAUAAAUGUAUCACUAAGUACGGGACAUGCCGGAUAAUUAUACGAAAGCGAAAGUGGAGAAUGCAGUGAAAGUAUACCUACCUUGUUGUGUGUUUGUCGCUAAAGCGUUUCAUGACUGUAAUAUUUGGCGGAAAUAAAUUAUGUGAAAUAAACUAUUGUGUGUCAAAAGAA